AUGGUACAAAGCAUGUCCUCCAUUAAUAAUGGGUCCUCUCUGUUUCUUCCCAAUCCUCCACAACCCUCUUCAAGCAAAUCCAAUCGACGGAAAAUAGGAUUCCGGCACCGCUGCAAUCGAUAUCCGACGACGUUAGCUGCGGCGAAGGGAGAUGGGAGUGGGAGAGGAAAGCUGGUGGACGAAAACAUGAUAGUGUUGAGGAAGCGUAUUCAGGAGAUGAAGAUGGUGGAGAGAAAUCAAGAGCCGCCUGAGAAUUGGAUGGAGUGGGAGAAGAAGUAUUAUACAGAUUACGACUCCGACGUAUGUGAGGCAGUGGGUUUGCUACAGACACAACUUAUGGAAACGAGGCCAAGUGUGGCUUUGGGGAUGGUAGCUCUUGUUGCGAUUAGCGUUCCAACGUCGACGUUCAUGGUGGCCUUGCAUUUGAUGGAGAUGGCCAAUUGGAUCUUAGCUGAGAUUCACCUCUAG